AAUGUAAAUUCCAACAAAUAAUGGUAAUCCCUACCCUCAAUAUUAUUACCCAUAAUAAGGUUACGUGUAAUAUCCAUAAGUUUACCCUUAAUAAUAAUAUUAAUAAUAUCCUGGAUAACAAAUUCCAUAGUAAUAAUAUGUGUAAUAACCAAAAUCGAAGCCAGUUAUUCCUGCAAAGAAACCUAAUCCAUAUUCUUUUGAACCAGGAAGUAAUAAGGAAUUAGAUGAUGCCUUAAAUAGUAUAGAUACAAUGUAUAAUGAUAUGUUUGACACAGUGGAUAAUUAAAAACUUAGACAAGAAUCAGGUAUAUUUAAAUGUAUAUAUAUAUAUAGAAUAGGAGAAGGAAGAAGAAUAUUGUAUAGGUAUUCCUAUUGAUUAGAAAAAUAAUGGUCAAUAGAUUUAAUUAAAUUAAGUACCAAAUGCUUUUGGAAAUAUAUAAUAAGAUCCAGAGAAAUGGAAUUAUUACAAUGGAAAUCGUAAUUCAUUCUAUUGA